GGCGCCCCGAGCGUGCAGGGCGUGGAGGGCGAGCAGGGGCAGUGGGCUUUGGCGCCGCUCAGCGUGGACUGGGAGGCGAAGUUGGAGCCCGGCGUCACCAGCUGCAGCGAGGCGCUCGAGAGGGGGGGGAAGGUUAUCCACGUUGCCGAGCUCGAGUCGAGGCUGCCCAGCAUGGCGGAUGAGGCCUCAGAUGAGGGUAGUGAAGGUGCUGACGGUAGAGCACGUCGAGAGCAUCUUCCACGCGAGACAGAGCGGGAUGGACCCCCAGAGCCCCGCGGCGUCGGAGAGGGCGAGGGGGAAGAAGCCGAGCUGAUCGAGGUGGCGUCGAUGGGCGUCGUGGACGUGGACUCGGAGGCCGAGCUGAUCGAGGCGUCGUUGGGCGUCGUGGACGUGGGCUCGGGGGAGGCUUCGGAGGGCGAGGUGGUCGCGGGAGGCUCCGACUGGCUGGCUCCAGGUGUCUGGCAAACGCGAGACCAUGUAGAGGAGGCGGAGGCUUUUGCCGAGGGUCUGGCAGCUGGAUGGCGCCUGGCUGGACGGGGCGGCGCCGCGGCGGAGAGCUCGGAGGCGGCCCCCACGGCGGCUGUGGCUGUAAGCCAGGCGUUGUGGUGGAGGCAGAGACGGCGCCAGAAGGAGGAUCCUUCGGUGCUGGAAGAACCGUGCGUGCGCGGUGAUACGGCAGUUAGUCGACCUGAAGGGAGAGCUGGGCGGCGUUCUCAGCAUAUCGACCUGGGGGUGACGGCGCCGCGGCAGGUGCUGAGACCUGAGUCGUGCCUUGUGGCGGGAUCCGCUGGGGGGAGUGGGGGAAGAGAAAAAACAAACCCACAUGGAAGAUCAUGUUGA